AUGACGGAGCUCCCUUCGUUCGACGGUCUCACGAAUCUCAAGUCACUGACCUUAGCGUGCCUCCUCUCCUUGGAGCAAUUCCCUCCUUUCGACAACCUCCGGAAGCUUGAGCGACUGGUAUUGGCCUCAAUAUCCGCCAUGGACAGUCUACCAGACCUGUCCCCCGUGGUUGAUCUCAAGUCGUUCGCUGUAUCGGAUCGAGGCGCGUGGUGCUGCAAUGGAUUCACAGGCGAUUGCAACCUGGAGGACCGCAAAUGCGGCAUCGCCCACCCUGUGUGGGAGAACCCCGUGGCGACGUGUUUGCCUUCGAAUCGCACACGAAAAGUGGCCACUGCGACGACACUGAAAGUGGUGGAGAAGUUUGCGUCGACUGUCUGCGGGCCAGUACUCGAAGUUGGCGUUCUCGAGGGCCCACCGACAGCAGACAUCAUGGCUCCGUGCAAUGGGACUUUGUACCGACAGUGUCCGAGAUCCGACAGCGUCGAGGCCAUGUGCUACAACGCGCGGUUCAUGGCGAUCGCGUGCACCACGAACCCACACCCGAUCGAGAUGAGACGUCGCCAGAUAGCUCAAGGUGUGGGAGACAAGUGCGACCCGGAGGUGGAGGCGUGGUUGGGCUGGCUGUAA